AUGAGUUUAAAAAAAGAAAGCGGUAGUCUGGAGCUGGGGGAGUGCACCAGAAACCCUGGCUAUCAGGAUGUAGAAGGCGGUGGGUCAGCGGCGGACACCAUCAACACCGCCCCAGGGGAGAAGCUGGACGCGGCUGAGGAGUACACGCAGCUCAAACCGUACGCCGGGAUGCCCAAGGAGGUGUUGCUGCUGUACUCCUCUCAGGCCCGGUACCGAGUGCCCCGAGAGAUCCUGUUCUGGCUGACGGUGGCCUGCACCCUGGCGCUGGUCGCGGUCACAGUCACGGUGAUCGCGCUGUCACCGCGGUGCCUGGACUGGUGGCAGGCCUCGCCGGUGUACCAGGUUUACCCCCGGUCCUUCAGAGACUCCGACGGAGACGGGGUCGGAGACCUCAAAGGAAUUCAGGAGAAGCUGGAUCACUUCCAGUACCUGAACAUCAAGUCCAUUUGGAUCAGUCCUUUCUACCGCUCUCCCAUGAGGGACUUCGGCUAUGAUGUGGAAGAUUUCCGGGCCAUCGACCCGGUCUUUGGAACCAUGCGGGACUUUGAAGAGCUCCUGGCUGAAAUGCACAACAAAGGUUUGAAGCUGAUCAUGGAUUUCAUUCCCAAUCAUACCAGUGAUCGACAUCGCUGGUUCAACUUGAGCCGAACUCGAGAUCCUCACUACGAGGAUUACUAUGUCUGGACAGACUGCAAUGCAACUGGACCGAGGCCUAAUAAUUGGGUGAGUGUGUUUGGGAACUCUUCGUGGACUUAUGAUGAAGUAAGAGGACAAUGCUACCUGCACCAGUUCCUCAAGGAGCAACCAGACCUUAACUUCAGGAAUCCACAUGUCUGCAAAGAGAUUGUUGAUAUAAUUCAUUUCUGGCUGGGGAAGGGUGUGGAUGGCUUCCGGAUGGAUGCAGUGAAGCACAUCCUGGAGGCUGCACACUUGAGGGAUGAACCACAGGUGGACCCAAACAAACCACCAGAAUCUGUAACUACAGAGUGGGACCUCCACCAUGACUACACCACCACUCAACUGGGUUUGCAUGACCUGCUGAGGCACUGGAGGGCUGAGAUGGACAUCUAUAGCCGUGAGCCUGGCAGAUACAGGUUCAUGGUGACAGAGUCAUAUGAUUACCACGAAGUGGACAAGACCAUGAUGUACUAUGGCACCCCGCUGGUUAAAGAAAGUGACUUCCCCUUUAACUUUUACCUACUGGACCUGCCUCAGAACACCAGUGGCUUGUGGGUUCAACAUCUGGUCCACUUGUGGAUGGCCAACAUGCCCAGAGGACAAUGGCCCAACUGGGUGGUUGGGAACCAUGACAAGCCUCGAAUUGCCUCCAGUGCUGGUCAGACCUAUAUUCGUGUCAUCAACAUGCUGCUGCUGACCCUUCCAGGCACGCCCACCACCUACUAUGGCGAGGAGAUCGGCAUGGAGAACAUUAAUGUCACAGAGAGUCAGAUACAGGACCCUGCUGGCAAAUACAAUGCGAGUGCCAGUCGAGACCCUCAGCGGUCUCCAAUGCAGUGGAGUGGUGACAUGAAUGCAGGCUUUAACAACAAAACCAACAUCACCUGGUUGCCUCUGCACCCCGACUACAGAAACAUAAAUGUGGAGGUUCAGAAGAACGAAGCAGGAUCCGUUCUGACUCAGUACCGUUUCCUGAACAACCUGCGUCAGUCAGAGCUCCCCCUUCACCGCGGGUGGUUUUGCUACAUCCAUGCUGACACCAGUGUCUUCGCUUACCUGAGGGAGCUGAACGGGCUUGACCGAGCUUUCCUCAUAGUGCUUAACUUUGGUAAAGAAUCUGUCGUCACAGAUCUCUCCUCUGUUCGAGAGUUACCAGACCAGCUGAAGGUGCUGAUGAGCACAAACCAAGCCAACGAUGGCAAAGUGUUGCAAAAGUCUCGUAUUCUGACAGAAGCAGGGGAGGGUUUGGUGAUUCAAUACUCCACCAACACUCUGUUUAAUCCCAACCACCCUGGAGAGUGCUAUGUCUCUGAGAAGGCCUGCUAUUUGAGGGCCUUUGACAUACUUUAUAAAUGCUAAUAUAGAUCAAUGGACAAUGGUUUUCGGUUAUUAAAGUUUCAUGGCAGCAAUCAAAUGUCUCAUCUGUAAGUGACUUGUCAUAAGAUGUAUAUCAAUAAAGAGGACCAUUGCAGAUACA